CUUAUUUCCACAAUGUACUAUGUAUGUAACUAACUGUCAAGGGUUGAAAGCAAAUAACGUAAUGCUCAUAAGGAAAACUAACAGCGAAAAACUCUAUGGAAAAUAUCUCUGUGAGACAAGUGUGCAUUUGUAUAUUAGAAUAAUAACGGUUGAUGUGGAGAAUUUGUGAAAUUUGUAAUUAUUAGCAAAAAAGAAAAGCAAAUCAUUACCGUUAGUACCGUUCAAAAACAGUUCAUUAAAUAAAAUUGUGUAAAUUAAAAGUAAAAGUUACUACAUUCGCCUUAUAAAUCGUAUGUGUCUUAUAACUAGAAAAGGCUAACCAUCUAUCAAGUCCUCAAGCAGAAAUGUCAUAAAUGAUGAAAGUGCUUAUGACUCGACAGCUGAAAACAGAGACCAUCCUGCACACCGUGAUGAAGAACAAAUAUUCCCACAACAUUCUGGUAGUCAAAAUAGAUCGAAUGCAUUAAAACGUUCUGCAACCUUACCUGCAAAAAAUAACCGCUUACCACUGCGCAAUCGUGUCACUUUUCGAGUGCCGAAUAAUUGCAGACAACAAUUAAAUCAAAGAUACCUAAAUCCACCACAACAUCCUGCUAGAUUGAACAACAAUCAAGAUACUAACGGACAACAAUAUUCUAACAAUCAACAGAGUGCUGAUAUUUGUAAUAAUCCAUCCUUAGUUGCUAAAAUGACUUCGGAAGAUCUACUACAGCCUGGACAUGUCGUUAAAGAGCGAUGGAAGGUGGUUCGCAAAAUUGGUGGUGGAGGAUUUGGAGAGAUUUAUGAAGGUCAAGAUCUCAUUACACGCGAACAAGUAGCAUUGAAAGUGGAAUCAGCACGACAACCUAAGCAGGUACUUAAAAUGGAAGUAGCGGUACUUAAAAAAUUGCAAGGAAAAGAACAUGUGUGCCGUUUCAUAGGAUGUGGUCGUAAUGAUCGUUUCAAUUAUGUUGUAAUGCAAUUACAAGGCAAAAAUUUGGCCGAGUUAAGACGCGCUCAGCCUAGGGGAGCAUUUUCUUUAAGUACUACUUUGCGGCUAGGUCUGCAAAUACUGAAAGCAAUAGAAUCUAUACAUUCGGUUGGAUUUUUACAUCGUGAUAUUAAGCCGAGUAACUUCUCAAUUGGACGUUUACCAUACAACUGUCGUCGUGUUUAUAUGCUAGACUUUGGUUUAGCGAGGCAAUAUACAACUGGUACAGGAGAGGUUAGAUGUCCACGUGUUGCGGCAGGCUUUCGCGGUACAGUUCGUUAUGCCUCAAUAAAUGCUCACAGAAAUCGAGAAAUGGGACGACAUGAUGAUCUUUGGUCCCUUUUUUAUAUGCUAGUCGAAUUUGUUAAUGGUCAACUUCCAUGGAGAAAAAUCAAAGACAAGGAACAAGUAGGUCUAACCAAGGAAAAAUAUGAUCAUCGCAUUCUACUGAAACAUUUGCCUUCCGAUUUAAAACAAUUCUUGGAACAUAUCCAAUCCUUAACCUAUGCUGAUCGUCCUGAUUAUGCGAUGCUUAUUGGCUUAUUUGAACGUUGUAUGAAACGUCGUGGUGUCAAAGAAUCAGAUCCAUAUGAUUGGGAAAAGGUUGAUGCAACAGGUAAUUCAACCACAGCAACCAACAUUACUUGCAGUCAAUCAAAUCAAAUUAAUCACGCUCAAGUAAAAAAUGAAUAUGUCCAUGGCAAUAUAACGCAAAUGACGGUUGUAGCGUCCAACGCAAGUGGUACUGAAUAUCUGCGUAGAAGAAAUGAUGUUGAUUCAGCACAAGUUGCUAGUGCUGAACUCCUUCACGUUAAGGAUAAGGUUGUGGAUAAAAAUUGCAAUAACACUUCACCGCAGGCUGAAAAUAAUUUUCAAAAUCUUAAUAGUAGUAAUCAAAAUAACUCCAAUAAGGUUCCAGCAAUAACAACAUGUGGAGGUGGUGGAGGGGGAAGCGUACGCAACACCAACAUUAAAGAACAACAACAACCAAGUCAAAUGAUGAUAAUGCAUGGUCAGACUGAAAAUGCUGCUGUGACGCAACAUGCUGGCGUUACACCGGUUUUAUUAAAAACCACCGUAUUGGCUGCAAGUUAUAGGUCGGAACCGAAUAAACAACAACAUAAUAUAUUUCAAAAUAAACACGCAAAUCCACAACAAACUGUUUUAACCUCCAAAAAAGCAGUAACAUCACCCCUAAACCAAAAUAACUCUGCGCCGCUUCACCACAUUAGUAGUCAAAAUGUUGUAAUGGAUGGUAUGAUGAUGGGCGAGGAUGGCACAACUUCUACAUCUUUGAAUGGAGGCGGUGGGCGAUUACGAAAAGUAAAUACUAGUAAAAUCGCUGCUGAUGAUUUGAAAUCUGCUAAUAUCAGUUUCGGAGAUAAUCAACAAAAUAUAGAGCUAGGCAGCGGAAUGGGUGGAGUUGGCGGAGGAGGAAAUUCAAUGAAUGUUAAGAAAAAUACACAAAUUCCUAGUGGCAUUGGUCAGGAUGGAAAUGGUGGCGCAAAAUCGGCACAACAAGAAAAACCAUCCACAAAUGCUUCAAAUAAACGCUGUUGUGCAUCUAAUACAAAUGUUGCGGCAGCGGUCGCGGAACAGCCCAAAAAUACGUUUAUAAGUCGGUUACAAAUUGCAACUAACAUAGUGAAUCCGCAAGAAGGUAAUGAAAUUAACUGUGCUCUUGAAUCGGAAUACGAGCCUACUGCUUUUUCAUUAGAAGUGGCAAAUCGUGUUUCACAACCUUCAUCAAUAAGUAAAAACCAUUGUGCUAUUGAAGUCAAUAAUUCGGUGGCUACCACAGCUCCUGCUACAGUUCCUGCUCCACCACUUGCCCGUCGUUCUUAUACUUCAACCAAUCUGAGGCCAUCUUCCGUGGCAGGAUCAACACAACGUCUCAAUAGUAGUGUUUGUGGUGCUGGUACAGCCACUAUAGCUACAGCUAGAGGUAGUGCAGGGGGCGGGGAUCAUUCAAUUACGCAGUUUGCCCUCAUUGAUGAUGAGAAUGUAUCUGCUCUGCAACAGGUCACUAAAGGCGGUGGUGCCUUAACUUUGGCUAGUCAAUGGAAAAGUCAAUUUGACGAUUCUGAAGAUACAACCGAUAACGAAUGGAAGCAGGAAGCGCAGAAUCCUGUACAAAAAGCUAAAUUAAGUUUCAUCUCGCUGUCUCACCCAAAUUUAUCCGACGUAUCUUUAAUACAACAUCAAAAAGAACAACAAUAUUGUAUGGACGGCAUUCACCUGAUACCAUCCCAAAACCAAACCGAUAGUGUAGAACCCGUUAUAAAAAAAGACCAAUUCAGUAGUAAUGGAAUUGAGCAUGCCAAUGAAGAUCAACUACAAUUAAAUUCUUCCUGCACUGCUUUAAAAUUUAAUGCAGCAAAAUCUUCUAGUCCUCCUCUUAUAACUCCUUGUCAUAAUCCAAAGAAGUACAAUUUAAAUAUUGCUGGUAUAGAAAACUAUGCUCAAAUACAGGCCUCAAUACCGCAAUGCUGGUCCGAACCGGCCAUGGGUAAUGCUUUGCGUAGAGACUUAGAACCACCCAUAGUCCAACAAGCAGCAUUUGAUAAUAUUGUUUAUCGCAUGGAUAUAACACGCAAUGUAUGUGUUAGGGAAGUAUUUUCAGAAGCCGCUGCCACAAAUAUAGUGCCGCCAGAAACUACUUUAAACACGGGAUUAUUUAAUAAUUCAAUACACAAUCCAACUGCUGAAGUAGAUGUUCUGGCAGCAAGUGAUGUCCCAAAUUCAAGCAAUAUAGUGACAGGGAACAAAGCUGAUCUCACUAAUUUGGCCAUAAGUAAACAUCGCAAUAGUUUACCUAACGUAGCAUUACCAAACCUUCUCAACAAUAGUGGUGGUGUUGUCAGUGGCGAUGGAGUCGUCGUUGGAGAUUCCUGUGUCCCCCUGAAAGACAAAAUUAAUACAAACGUUGAUAUGGAUACUCAAAAAUGCGUUACAACAAAUACGAUAUUACCUUCUGCCUCUAUACAAUAUGCAACCAACUCAAACGAAGAUGUACCAACACAUCAUCAAAAUAGUGGUUUAGAAUCAGGCAUCGGAGCCGCACAACAAGACGAGGGCUGUAUAAGUGGACGCUUAGAAAUACGUGUGAUACCUAAUGAAUCAACUUCUCAAAAUGAUGUGAUCUACUACGGUUCCGCCGCAAUCCAAAAAUCUCCCAGUCAACAAGUUAUACUGGUAAAUGCAAUACGAAAUGAUGACGAUAAUGAAGAUGAUGUGGCUGUUUCACUAAACCAAAGAGAUAUAAAGGAUGAAGCCAAGAAUGACGCGUGUGAUGUUAGUAGGGAAAAAUUAAAUGAUAUAUUCAAAAAUUCACCCGAGGAGAGAAAAACUACAAGGGAGGAGUUCGAAGAUGUAGGUGAUGCCGUAAUAGAAGCGGAUAAAAAUGAUAUUAAGUCAGGUGAUGAUUUCAAUAAAGUGACAGAAAUGUACAUUAAAAAUGAGGCUGCUGGAGCUAACACCACCGGUUCAUGCAAUCAAAAUGUUUCCACAACUAACGUGCCCGUAGGUGGUAGCACCGCUAUUAGCAAAAUACCCAUAUUACAAUCUAAUCUCCGUCAAGCUAAAUGUGCUUCGUGGGCCGGUGGUGAGUUGACAACUCAACAAGUCCAUUCACAACUUACAAGAAACAGCAGCCAGGGAAAACAAACAUUUAAUGCAGCAGAUAUUGAUAAUUUUAAUGAACCUGCUUUGCCUACUCAUUCUAACUCUUCCUCUAGUUGCAAUAAACAAAAUGUUGCAGAUAAGCCUGAUGGUGUUGUAUUUCAAAACCCUGAUAUAACGGAUCUAACACCAGCUAUGAGGCGUCGCAGAGAAACAACUGAUAAAUAUGUAACGGAUCCUUCGCAAUUACAAUUACGCUUUGCUCGUCCGCGUUCCAGAAAUGCCAGUAGAACACGAGGAGUGCCUACUACUUUAUUAGGACAAUUCGAUGAUAACUCAACAGAUACAUCAGAUGAUCAACAACAAAUUGCAGCCAAUCGUAGAAAGUCUGCUAUUAAAACAAAUACAAAAUCUGGGGGAUCGAGUGGUGGAAUUGGCUUAAAUGAAACCGACAAAAUUGAAUCCCCUAAUGGAUGUACAGAAAAUGAGAUGUUACUUUUUAAUUUGGUUAAAGAUUUUGAAAAAAUAGAACAUUCUGGAACAACAAUACGUAAUGAUAUUACUCCACCACCUGGUGCACCCAAAAUAGAAAAUACAGCACGUUUAAGACGUUAUAGACAUAAUGUAGAUUAAUUUAUGUAUUUUUGAAUAAAUUAUUUAAUAAUAUAUAUUUAUAUACAUAUAUAUUUUUUUACUACUAGCGUCACUACCUACUUGUACUUGCACUCAGCCUUACUUCUCCAAAAAACUUGUGUAUUAAUUAUAACUUCUCGAAGGCAAACAGACCACUACAUAGCCAGUAUACAUACAUAUAUGUACAUAUUUGCUAGGGUUCUAUAAGCCGACUUUCGAAUAAACGACAAUUAAUUCUUUAUUGAAAAACUUUGAAAAGUUAAAAUCGACUUUGUAUCUAAUUAAUCGAAUAAUCAAAAAAAAAAAAAAAAUAAUAAAAAAAUUGAAAAAAUGUAUAUCAUUUGUAUAUUUUAGCGUUAAAAAACCAUUAUAAAAAAAUUACAAUUCAUUGUUUUUUAAUGAAAAAUCCUCAUGAUUGUCGAAAUGGAGUCUUCUUCAAAACGGAAAAUAUAAUUCUUAUUAACGGAACAAUAUUAAUAGAGUUAAUUUUCAUUUUAAUAUGAAUAAUAUUUGGUUCAGCGAUCUGUUUUAAUUUACUUUACUUAAGUUACUUUCUAAUAACUAUCAAAACUAAACAAUAAUUUUUGAUAUGAUAAUUAUUUUCAGAACUCUAUUAAAAAAAUUUCUAACUUAAUUCAUUAACAAUUAAAGGUCUGAGCUUCCUUUCAAAUUAGCAGUCAUUACGACAGAUAUACAUCGUCAUACAGUAAUUUUUAACUUUUAAUUUUUUAAAUUUAGUUUAAUCAAAUUUAAUUUUAUUUUAAUUAUAAACUUCUUAAAAAACGUAACUAUUGCACAGUAGUGAAUAAUAAAUGUUUUCUAACUGGCAUUUUCUAAUGAUACUUGUUAGACUUAACAGAGAUAUUUUGGAAAAAGGACCGUACAGACUAAUAUCAGAUAAAAUAUGGCUG